CAGAACAACUUUCAUAGCAAACCGUAGGCAGGCAAUAUGGAGUAGGUAGUGUGAAAUGCACAGGGCUCUCGAAAGAAAUUCACGUGAUUAUAGGAAGCUUACACCGAUUGAAUUCACUACAAAACAAGCGUUACUGUUAUAAAAACGUGGUUGUCUGUUUAUUUCUCGACAUUUAUAAAUUAAUAUACAAAUAUGAAUAACUCCAUGGAAAACGGUGAGGAUCCGUUCGCAGACAUUUGGAUCUCCAAUUGGGAACGUCAGUGCGAGAUUGAACUUGAAAAUGAGCCCGACCUUGAUCAAGCUGUUCAAUCAGAACGAGAUUUAUCCACACAGAAGCUUUGGUACCUUUUUCAAAAUUCUGCCACGUCUGUAGCACAGUUGUUUAAAGAUCGUAACCAACCUCAAGUCCUCUGGUUGCCUUUCCAAACCGCAGCUGGCACAAUCACUUCACUGUACAAAGAGUCGACAGAGGCCUUGAGACGAAGCUCCGAACUUGGAAUUCAGGCCGGAUAUCAGCGAAGAGCGAGAGAAAUGUUGGCAUGGGCCAAGAAGCGCCGUGGUCGCAACAUCAGAAGAGAAGAAUUGAUCGCAUUUCUGACUGGGAAAAGUGUCCCGGGCUCCGGUGCAUCUCAGCCUCGCCACCAAAUGCGAAUGGGUCCUCGUCCACGGGUGUCAUUGUCUGAUGGCAUGUCUGCCUCGCAUCACGGCCCUUCUGCUCUGCAACAUCCACUGGAAGGUUCUGCUGGAGACUUUGAGCCAGCUCUACAAGCCUUCCGUGAAGCCCUCAGCUUGCCCUUACCAUCGUCGGCCUCUAGCAACAAUACCAAUAACGCUUCGUCAGCCAAAAGCACCGGACGACGAGGAAGUCCUGUUCAUAACCACAGUGAGCUGAGCGCCUUUAUAAGCCAUGAGUCGGCUCGCCAUAAACGACCCGCUCCCGCCAGCCCUACCCACGACGUCAUCAUGGACUCGCCCACUCAUAAACGCUCGAGACUGAUGUAAACAACCCCGCUUUUGGAAACCAAGCGAACCCAUUAGCUAAAGAAAUUUUUUUUUUUUUUUUUUUCAUUUUACGUUAACCUCCGUUUUCUUCUAAAUCCUUACCUCAUAUUUGUUUUGUUUAUUUUUUCGCUUCGGUGCGCCCCCCCCCUUUUUUUUCAGACCUUCUUGAAUAUUUACUUUCAACCCCAAUUGCUCUUUUUGUGUUCAUCUCGAGCUCGUUUUGCAAAAAGGAAGAAAUUUGAACCUCUUAGCGCCGAGGUUGCUGCUACUACACAAAAACAAAACAAAACUCGUGACUGUUUUUCUCUUCGUUUUCUUUUUUCUUUUUUUUUUCUACCUAGCAAAUUUACACGAAGAAAGUGAAAGCUCAUUCUGUUCUCGCUAAUGAUAAUCUGUUUAGAUGGCAUAUCCAUCUAUUCUCCUCCCCCAUUCAUUUUAUCUCCUCAUUGCCAAGUUGAAAUUUUCUCCCUCUCCCCCCCGGUAAGAGUAACAGAUAUAAGCAAUUCUAUUUCAGACGAAAUUUACGAAUCGAAGCAUCACUGUUUCAAACGCGUCGAAUUUCAAUUUGAAUAUAUAUUUCAAACCUGAGCGUGAGUAGGCAUUGAACUGAAAACGGAUUCUUAACAAAUCUGGUCUUCGUCAUGCUCGUUACCUUUCUUAGUUUUCUGAGUGAGCAGUGACCUCAACAUUUUGCCCUCCUUUACCUUGUUGUUCUCCAUCCUUUUUUUUUUUCAAUUUUAUUUUUAAUAGCUCGCGUGUUUCUCGUUUCGGUGAUGAUGAAUUCGUAUGUUUCCUAUGGUAAUGAUAAUUUAGUUCUGAUUGACUUGAUGUUUUUUUUUUGUCCCUUUCGCAACAUUAGAAUUAGAGAUACGAAUGAGUUGCUGCUGAACUGCUGCCUUUUUAUAGUUGCACACACAACUGUAGACAGGCCCAUGCGCGUCCCCAAGUUCUAAAGAACGUUACAGUUAUUAUUAUACCUUUUUACCCUACAAGUCACGCGCUGUGUGUGUGAGUGUGUGUGUUUGCGUGCAAGUGGGAUUUGCUGGAAUACAAAAGAAAUACAUCAAUUUCUGCGA